GUUUACCACAUUCAAAUCCACCCAACCCAAAAAUAUAGGCUUCUUGUCCUAACCCUCUUCUUCGUCUUCUUCCCCCUUUCCUGCCGUCGUCGUCGAUCCCUAGCUCAGGAAGAUCCUAUCUUUCGCAUUUUUACCCGUCGGCGGACCCUCUUUCUUGAUUUCUGCUAACUUCAAUUUGGUCUUUGGCGACCUGUGGUGGGGUUGGUCGCUGGAUCCGGCGUCUGGGAGGUGAUGAAGUCGAGCGAAACCCUAGCUGCCCACGGGGGGAAAUUUUAAGCGUCGGUUAUGGCUUUGGAAGGCGGCAAGUUCUUUAAGCUGGAAGAAUCGCCUGGCGAGGGUUUGAUUACUUACAGGAGGCGGAAGCGUGCCAUGCCGGAUGCGGAUGCCCUUCAGGUCUUGGACACAUCUCAUCGGAAUAGGGAUAUCGGGUGGAACCACGGUGAGAUAGUUGAUGGAAAUAGGUUUCACUGGAUGUGCAAUUGGUGUGGCUUAAUCAGAUAUGGUGGUGGGGUAUCUAGGCUUAAGAAACAUCUUGCUGGUGCUUGCCAUGUUAAGAAGUGCCCAAAUGUUCCAGAUGACAUUGCAAAGUCCAUAAUGCAUCAUUUGAUGGAGAAGCAAAAGAACAGAGCGAAAAGAUCGAUUAGAUGCUCUGGUAUUGAUGGAACUGAGUUGAAUAAUUCUCAUAAUAAUGCCAUAGAUCAUAGAGAUCGUGCAAAAAGCAGCAUGGAGAUGCAGGUGGCAUGUGCUGGUAGAUUCAGUAAGAAAUCAACUAACCGAUCUAAAAACAUUAAAAUUGGUACCCAAUUUUCCAAUAGUGCUAGUCAGCACUCAAAGACAACUGCUCAGCUACCUGGGACUGGCAUGACUAAGGGUAUGAUGGAACCUUGUGAGACUGUUUCAUAUGCUGGUACUUCUCGUCCAGAAUGGCAUGACAGGAUAAUUCGUCACUGGAAAAAUGUAAUAGAACACCAAUUCAAGUUAUCCUAUAUGAAACCAGGUCAUGGCAUCUGGAAUGUCCUGUAUGAUGCACUGUCAUUGGGCCAUUCUCAACUUCUUCGAAAACUGAUGAUGAUUGAUGCUAUCAGGAACCAUGAACAGCUAAAUGGCAGAUACUUAGUGGACUCUGAAGUAAAGAUUCAAGGUCAAUGGCCAGAUUGUUUUGAAACAGCUAAAGAACAAAAACUUGUGGAAUUAAGAGCCAGCUAUUACAAAGAAGAUACAAACACUAGAAAGUGUGAAAAAGCUUUCCUUGAAAUUUUGAUUUCAGAAAAGUUCGCAAUUUUAUGUGAUUUUCUUUGGGAUACCUUUGAAGAAAACAAGGCUAAAACAUUUUUAGACUUUCGCCUGAUUGACUCGAAAUUGAAAAAUGGGGAUUAUGAACGGUCACUGGAAUUGUAUAACCAGGAUGUCCAACAGAUUUGGGACAACAUGCAAAAGAUCGGUCAGGAAAUGAUUAUUCUAGCAAAUAGUCUUUCAAGCUUGUCAAGGGCUUCUUGUCGGAAGCAGGUUAUAGAAGACCUCAUAAAUGCAGCUGAUGACCCUAAACCUGAGGAGGCUUGUCAAAUAGGUGUUGUACAGACGAAUACUGCUGGAUCAUAUCCCGCAAAACAGCUCACCUGCUGUGGAUCAGAUUGUUCCACAAAACCUGAUCAAACAGAGGCGGCUGAUGUGUACAAAGCUUUCACCUGUAAGCAGUGUGGCAUGAAAGCGAAUGAGGAAUGCAGCCUUUUUUGUGAUGGGUGUGAAGCAGUAUACCAUUUCUCCUGCAUCAAACCUGCUAUCGAAGAGAUUUCUACUCCGAGCUGGUUCUGUGCUGCCUGUAGCAAAAACAACAAAGAUUCUGCUGAUCAAGCCUGCGCUGAAAGCACUAAAGGCAGCUUGCACCAGAAUUGUGUGGUUUGCGAUAGGCUUGAAGUUUCCGAGUCACUAGAGGACCUUGAUGAGAAUGGCAGUAGGACCAGAUUAGCUACUGACUCUGGAGAGAGCUCCGUCUCAAGUAUGGAGUCUGAAGAGCCACCAGAACCAUCGAGAACUGCUGUGUCAAGCUUGUGCAAGAUAUGUGGAACCUGUGAGGAUGAAGACAAAAAAUUCUUAGUAUGUGGUCAUCUUCAAUGCCCUUACAAGUUCUAUCAUAUCAGAUGCCUAAAAAGUAGUCAGAUAGCUAGUCCACAACAACAGAACAGACCAUGUUGGUAUUGCCCAUCUUGCCUCUGCAGAGCUUGCCUAUGUGAUAAGGAUGACGACAAGAUUGUGCUUUGUGAUGGUUGUGAUGAGGCGUAUCACACUUACUGCAUGAAACCACCUCGGACAUUGGUUCCCAAGGGACAGUGGUACUGUGUCCCAUGCAAUGUCGCCAGAGCAAGGGAAGGGAUGAGAAGAUAUGAGCAAUGGAUUUUGCAGCAGCAUGGGAAGAACGAAGGGCGGCAGUCUAAUGAGGCGAUUGGAUCGAUGGAUUUGCUACUGAGUGCUGCUGAAAAGCUGAGCUCAGAGGAGAAAUUGGCUUCAGGGCAGUAAUGUAAAGCCUGUGACAUUGCUUGGUGAUCGAAAUGGUCGCCUUGGAGGCAUCGGUGGCGUGUAGAAUGACUUGUCCUGUUUUGUAAGGCUGCACAAAAGUAGCCUAGGAGAAUAUUCAUAGUUGCCUAAUAUUUUUUCAGAUACAUUUAGUUGGGAAUCGUUUGCAUCACAGUUCAUAUGAAUGGAAUCGAAAAUGGCAGGAAACCAAGCUUGAUGAAACAGAGUUUGGAAAUGUUGGAAGCCAAUGACUUCUUCUGAACUGAUGUCUGUAGAAACCCGAGGCAGAUUGCCUUCUUUCUCUGUAACUUUCUAAAGCUGCAAAAGAAGGAGCUGAGAUUUCUUAUGCAAGGUAGGCAAUUCAUGUAGAUGUAGCCUACGAGUGUAAUCUCCUUGUCUCAGAAAAUUAGCAUAUUUGUCCAGAAUGUGUGGGCUUUAUAUCUGGUGGUGGAGCUUAAAGUGUCAGAAUAAUUUAUGAUUAGAGUCAAAAUUAAUGUGGAACAUGUCACCAUGACCCUUUUAGCAACACUAUUUCCAUAGCCUUGACUACAAGUAUCAACAUUGGUUCACCAAUUCUGCCAAUGAAUCAGUGCAAAGUUGUUGAUA